AUGGGUUCCAAUGUCUAUUCCGCAGAGCCUGCUCAUCCAUACCUAGCCCACUCUCUGCUCAGUGAGCCAAGACCCAUAGCCAUCAAUGAACAACCCAUAAAGGGAUCAACGACCAACGACUGGAACCUCAAGGACGACUGGACUGCAGGCAUUAAACACUCAAGUGAAGGAAUUUUCCGCUGCGGGACAAUCAUCGGAUUCUCACGACUAAGAAACAGAAGCAGCGACAAUGACGAAUACAUCGGUCAGAUCCCUCGCUACCUUCUCACAACACAUCUGCGGAAUAAUUCACCAUCAUCUGAAACAAACAUCUUCAUUAUCUACCCUAGCAACUUCGACGCCUUCGCAGCACGGACUUUAUUCACCGAUCUGCAAUCCGGCCCAUCACCUCUAUCCAGCGAAGAUGCAUUGAAGCGACUGGAUUCCGUCCAGCUCUUUCCAGUAGAUUCUCUACCAGAUGCAGCGCAGGCCAUAAUGCAAGUCUCGGACUUACUGCUGCAGGUCCAAGAAAAACGACUGGACCAGGACGCAUCAGGUCACCCCGCUAUCAUCCUUGUUGUGGCCGGGCUGGAUUCGUUAGCUGAAGGCGUGAUUCGGGCUUCUAAUCCGGCUAGGGGGGCUGGUGUCCUCGCGAGUGCUUUGCGGAUAUUAACGCGCAUGUCUCGUACGCAUGGCUCGUUUUUGACGACCGUGCUUGUUAAUACUAGUGGACUCGGGUCUCAUGUUGAGGUUGAUGACGGCUCGGGUAGACGGGCUACUGUUGGGGUGGGUGACGAUGAUGUGAGACCAUCUGAUCAUGAUGGGAUUCAUUCUAUUUUUCAACUUCCUGGGUCAUCGCUUUUGUCGACCUUGUUGAUGAGGACGCUGGAUCAGGGGAUUGAUACGCACAUCUUGCUUUCUGAUGUGAAAUACGCUCGCGUGGCAGAGGUUAUCAAGGAUCGUACUGGGACGGGGUUGGGGAAAUGGGGGAUAUGGUCGCUGAAGAGAUGA